CCCUCCCAGAAGCCGGUUCUUUAUAAAUACCAAAGCAGUGGAGUGAUAACAGCACAGACCAGCUACAGAGUCGUCCGGCGUCUCAUACCUACAGGAGACAUAAAAAUAAACUACUAGUGAAGUGCGUACAAGUUUUUGACAGAAGAUCAAGCAGAAAUGGCCGAAUUCGACAUCAAAGGUAAAAUCGCUUUGAUCACUGGUGGAGCCACCGGAAUUGGUUUGGAAUAUUCCAGGUACCUGUUCAAACAUGGACUUAAGGCCGUAACCAUUUUGGACCUCGACGAGAAAAGAGGUAACGAAGCAGUUGCUGAACUUGGAGCCGACAAAGCUCUGUUCAUUAAGGCUGAUGUCACCAAAAACGACCAACUUGAAUCCGCAUUCCAAACCACCGUCGACAAGUGGAAGGGCUUGGACAUCGUCAUCAACAAUGCCGGCAUCAUGAACGACCAGAGAUGGGAACUGGAGAUCGCCAUCAACUGCAACGCCGUGGCCCAGGGAACUCUGCUGGGUAUCAAACACAUGGGCAAGAACAACGGCGGCAAGGGCGGCGUCAUCGUCAAUAUCGCUUCCAUCCUUGGGCUGCAAGAACUCAGCGGUUGUCCCAUCUACGUCGGCACCAAGCACUUUGUAGUCGGUCUGGACAGGUCUUUCGGCACCCCCUACUUCUGGAACUUGACCGGCAUCAAGUUCCUCACCAUGUGCCCCGGCGUCACCGCCACCCCGCUGAUUUCCGAAGCCGGCCACUUCGCUUUGGACGGCUACCCGAAACUUGGUGAGACCCUGGCCAACGAAUUGGGAUCUUUGCCGGCACAAAAGCCUCACAAUGUUGCCGAAGGAAUGAUUACUUUGAUUACCAAGGGUGCCAAUGGCAGCGUUUGGGUGUCUGAAGGUGGCGAGCCAAUAUACGAAGUUUCAAUUCCCAACAGAUUGACCAUCCGCAAAAAGUGAUUUCGUGCAUUAUAAAUAUACACGUUUAUUGUAUUCGUUAAACAUAUCUUUUUGGUUACUGUGUAGCUCGCUGUUUUAAAUAAAAUUAAUUUUAUAUAUUUAUAUAA